AUGUCUUUCCAACGAUCAUCGCCCGUCCAAAGUCAUAUACAAGGUGCCAGUCAAAUAAACGCAAGCGGACUCACGAGCAAGCACUAUGUCAGCCAUGAGGCACUGAAAAGCCAGCACCAACUCAACAUUUCCCAUCCCAUCAAACAAGGAAUCAUCCGGGACUGGCACGAGAUGGAAGAGAUCUGGCGUCGUACAUUUUUAGAACUGAAGGUCAACCCAGAAGAGCACAAUGUCCUGAUGACCGAGGCACCUGAGAGCUAUAAGAACGGCCAGGAGGCGAUGGUCCAGAAGCUGUUUGACGUGUUCAAGUCCUUGAUUGUGGCGCAGGUGGGACACGGGCAACGCCACUACGAAGGGUACCCAGUGACAGUCGCAGUAACGCGUUGUGGGCAGACCGAAUAUAAUCCAGGCUUCCAUGAAGGAGUCUGUGAAUCGAUCCAGAAAACCGACUUUGGUCUCAGAAAAACGCUCUAUCAAAGCAUUGUCUUGUCUGGUGGAAAUACCAUCCAUGAAAACUUGAGGGGCCGGCUGCAAGAGGAUCUUUCGGAUAGGCUACCAGGCUAUAUGAAAGUCCGGGUGGUUGCGCCUCAUGAGCGCAGAUAUGCCGCGUGGAUUGGAGGGUCGAUUUUGGCCGCUAUGCCUACUUUUGAGCAGAAGCUGAUCACCAGGGAGGGAUAUGCUGAGGUUGGGGCUAGUAUUGUGCAUCAGAUGUACUAG